AUGGCAGAGAGCACUCGAUUUAGGACGCUGGAGGAGCAACUCAAGAAGCAGGAAAAUCGAUUGCAAGAACUGGUGGAAUCCAUGGCUACGAUGCAGAAUACAAGUUCUGAGGAGUUGCGGCAUAAGCUGCAGACGGAGUUGGAGCAGAAUAACGCGAAAUUGGAGACAGUAGUGGGAAAUCUGGACCAGAGGUUCAACAAAAUGGAACAGAGGCUCAGUACAGUGUUGAAGUUGCUGAUGAAGGAGAAAGGUCUCCCUGACGUCGAUGGAGGACUGUCUGAUUCAAUCCUGCCGACUCCCCCAUCGCAUCUGAGGUUAACACCCUCAGUUGAAGGGUUUGGGCACCAACAAGAGCACAGAGGUAGGCAAUUCACUCCUAAUGUGCCCCGGUUGGAGCUGCCCAUGUUUAACUUUGGAAACCCUAGGGAGUGGACUCGAAAAUGCCAGAAAUAUUUUUUGAAUUAUCAGGUAGCAAAGAGUCAAAAAGUAGAGGUCGCAGAGAUGUUCUUGGAGGGUAGAGCUGACAAUUGGUUUCAAGGAGUGAAACUGGUGAGGCAGGGGUUGUCUUGGGGGGAAUUUUGUGAAAUUCUGUGUGAAAGAUUUUCUGGAAGUAACUCUCGUGACGUGAUGGACGAAUUUAACAAGCUACAGCAGAGGGGAACGGUUGAGAAAUAUGAGGAGAAGUUCGAAGAACUAAAAACUUUAAUGCUGAUGAAAAAUCCUAGGCUGGACGAACUUUACUUUGUUUCCAGUUUUAUUAGUGGCCUCAAGGAGAAGAUUAGACCUAUGGUAAAGAUGUUUAAGCCCCAGACUUUGAUGAAGGCUUUUGAAGUUGCUGAGUUGCAAGAGUGCUCUCUGGAAAUCCAGUCGAAACAGAACAGAAAUUCAAGGAGGAUGGCAGUGGAACCCAAGUUUGGGAUGUAUAGAAACACUACGAAUGAUCAAGGUCGCCAAAGCUCAUAUAGAUUGCCUGGCAUCACUCCUGGCCCCAGGAAGACUGAUGCAGCACACAGGGAAUUUAGUAAGAUAUCAGCGGAGGAAAUGCAGUAUAGGCGUAAGCACAAUCUAUGCUACAGGUGUGGGGAGAAGUUUGGAAUGGGGUACCAAUGUAAGAAAGGGGGUCUAAACUGUGUGAGCAUUGAAGAGGAGGAGGAUACUGAAUUUGAGGACGUGGAAGGGGAACAGGAUGAGUUAACAGGAAGGGUUGGGGAACUUGCAGAAGAUUGUCAAUCUUCUGCACCUACCACAUCAGCAGUCAGUCCCUUCACUGUGACUCUCGCAGAUGGAACUGAUAUUACCAAUGGAGCCACCAGUCCCAGUGUGACAUGGUUAAUCCAAAACUAUCAAUUCAAGUUUGACUUGAAGGUAAUAGAGUUAAGGGGAUGGGAUAUAAUCUUAGGGGUGGACUGGAUGUGCCAGUACAGCCCCAUUAUGUUUGAUUUCCAUACUCUCAGCGUUGCCCUUAGUGAUAGGGGUAGUUUGCUGCACCUCCAGGGAUUUGUGAAUCAACUUGCUAUGGAAUUGGUGAGGGGUAGGGAUAUCAAGACGUUUAUACAGGAAACGCACAGAAACUGUGCAGCCAUGCAUACUGACGAGGCCAGGGAAUCAGAUGAACACCUUCCAGAGUCUAUAGAAGGAAUCCUGCAACAGCAUUCCCAGGUCUUUUCCACCCCAACAGGCUUACCCCUAGAGAGAGAAUUGGACCAUCAGAUCAACCUUAAACCAGGAGCUGAACCUUUUAAGCUCAAGCCCUACAGGUACCCUCACUCACAUAAGGCAGAAAUUGAAAAACAAGUUACUGAGAUGCUCACCAAUGGAAUUGUUAUACAUAGCACCAGUCCAUAUGCUUCCCCUGUUUUGUUAGUAAAGAAAAAGGAUAACUCCUGGAGACUAUGCAUAGACUACAGGAAGUUGAACGAGCUGACAAUAAAAGACAAAUUUCCUAUUCCCAAUAUAGAUGAGCUGCUGGAUGAAUUACAUGGCACCAGAUACAUGUCCAAGCUGGAUCUCAGAGCUGGUUACCAUCAGCUGAGAGUAAAGGCUGUUGACACUCCUAAGACAGCUUUCUAG